AUGGUACUGCCCGGAACCACUUUUCAUUCCCUCAAACUUGCUGCUAUCCCUUACUUCUCCAAAACCCUAAGCUACCAUCCAAGGCCUCUCUUCCCUCUUCUCAUUAGAUCCCUUUCUGCCACCGCUGCCCAAACUGCUGCCACUGACGAUAAUAAAGCGGUGAAGCCUCAAUGGAAAGCAGCAAUAGAUUUCAAGUGGAUAAGAGAUAAUAAGGAGUCAGUUGCGGUUAAUAUUAAGAAUAGGAACUCCAUUGCUAAUCUGGAGCUUGUUCUUGAGCUCUAUGACAAGUUGCUCAAUGUUCAGAAGGAGGUUGAAAAGUUACGAGCGGAGAGAAAUGCAGUUGCAAACAAGAUGAAAGGAAAACUAGAACCCUCAGAGCGCCAGAAGCUCAUAGAAGAAGGAAAGAAUCUGAAGGAAGAACUUGUUACUUUGGAAGAAGACCUGCUCAAACUUACAGAUGAGCUGCAGCAAGAAGCACAAUCCAUACCUAAUAUGACACAUCCAGAUGUUCCAUUAGGAGGGGAAGAUUCUUCAACAGUCAGGAAAAUGGUUGGUAAGCCUGCUGAGUUUAGCUUUGCUGUUAAGGACCAUGUUCAGCUGGGAAAAGAGCUAGAUUUAUUCGAUUUUGAUGCUGCAGCUGAGGUCAGUGGGUCCAAAUUCUAUUACUUGAAGAAUGAAGCAGUUAUGUUAGAGAUGGGUCUUGUAAACUGGGCAGUUUCAGAGGCCAUGAAAAGAGGUUUUACACCUCUGACAACCCCUGAGAUUGUACGGUCAUCUGUGGUGGAAAAGUGCGGAUUUCAACCCCGUGGAACAAACACUCAGGUGUACUCCAUUGAAAAUAGUGAUCAGUGCUUGAUUGGCACUGCUGAGAUUCCAGUAGGUGGUAUACAUAUGGACUCCAUUUUGUCCGAGUCUUCAUUACCAUUGAAAUAUGUGGCUUUCUCCCAUUGCUUCCGGACUGAGGCUGGUGCUGCAGGAGCUGCAACUAGGGGACUUUAUCGAGUUCACCAGUUCAGCAAGGUGGAAAUGUUCAUACUAUGCCGACCUGAUGAAAGUGAUUCAUACCAUAAAGAACUCAUUGAGAUUGAAGAAGAGCUCUUCUCAUCACUCGGAUUUCAUUUCAAGACAUUGGACAUGGCAACCGAGGAUCUAGGUGCCCCAGCAUAUCGUAAAUUUGAUGUGGAGGCCUGGAUGCCAGGAUUGGGCCGUUACGGCGAGAUAUCAAGUGCAUCAAAUUGCACAGAUUAUCAAAGUCGUCGGCUGGGAAUAAGGUAUCGCCCCGAAUCAUCAAGUCCUAGAAAGGGCAAAAAUGCAGCUCCCACACAGUUCGUUCACACACUAAAUGCUACAGCAUGUGCUGUUCCGCGAAUGAUGGUAUGCUUGCUUGAGAAUUUCCAGCAAGAAGAUGGCUCAGUUAUUAUACCAGAGCCAUUGAGACCAUUCAUGGACGGGCUUCAGAUUAUUAAACCAAAACAUCUACAGAACUGAAACAGGAUGUACAUUUGAUAGUAGAUGCUGUAUCUGCAUCAUAAUUUUUUUCAUCUUCUGGGGAAGUUUUCACUUUGUUCAGUUCGGCAGCAGAUUGAACAGACGUUUAAGAUGAGUUUAAGUUUAUAAUAAAGUUGAAUAUUUAUUGACAUUGCAAAUAGCAGAUUUGCUGAUUGCUUUGAGUCUAUUGACUCUACUAUGUGCAGCUAUCUAGUUUGUACCUUGUAUGGAUGGUAAUUGUAACCUAAAAAGUAUAGUUAGCUCAGUUCUACUGUUGCUUUAGACCAUGGAGUUUAGUAGCACAUCUUUGGUAAUUGGGUGGGAACAUAAUGUACUGUACACUACAGAGGAAAAAGGCCAUACUUUGCGUGGAUGUAAAUAUUGAGUGCAAGUUAUGAAGCAUCAGUCUGAUCUUUAUUUUUCA